AGAACCCUGUCUCGAUGACGCCCGAGCAGCAGAAGGACAUCCUCGAGUACACGUACGACCUCCUGACGGUGUUCAACAACGGCAUCCCGCCGAAGGGGAGCGUCGCGCCGUGGUGGGAGACGAGCGCGGAGGGCACGAUGCUGCUGAUCGACAAGGGGAUCGAAUACGAUCAUUCGCACAUGGCUCACGACUCGCAGGCGUACUACCUGCGUGACCAGGAUACGUGGACGACGAUCGACUACACGGCCAAGGCUGAGGCGUGGAUGAAGCCGCUGCAACGAGGGAACGUCACCGGAUUGGUGGAGCUACCUGCUAACUGGUAUUUGGACGAUCUUCCGCCAAUGAUGUUUAUCAAGGGAAGCGCAAACUCACAUGGAUGGGUCAACUGCCGAGACGUCGAGCAACUCUGGAAGGACACCUUCACCUACCUCUACCGAGAGGAAGAGGAUUUCAUCUUCCCUAUCACAAUCCAUCCCGACGUCAGCGGUCGCCCGCAUGUCUUGCUCAUGCUGGAGCGCUUCAUCGAGUGGGUCAACACCCACGAGAAUGUACACAGGAGUGGUCCCAUGGGGACAAGCUUGUGGACACGGUGAGAUUGAGGUUCGCCAACGCGACAAGACUACAUGCCGUCCAUCAAGUCCAUUCAGAGAUACACAUAGCGAGAAGGAGCGGUCUUAGGGCAUAUGUUAGGUGAACAUUGUGCGCAGUAGCCUCGAAUUCGUCCACACCAAGAAACAGCAACCAAUCCCGCCAGCCUACGUACUAAAUUCCACAACAGAAUCUGGAUGCUUCGUUAGCCCUGGCAUACCACAAGAUUUGGCAAUCUCUUACCACCCCAUGCCCUGCUCUCGUUC